AUGGACGGCGAAACUCAAUUGAGGACGGGCCUAGUGGCUGCGGUCAGGAACAGGAAACUCAAGACUUAUCAUGGUGUCCCUGUUACUAAAUGUUCGGCAUGCGGCCCGGCUGGUCCACAAUUACCCAUCUCCAAGUUCGGCAACCGGAUCCGUGACCGGGUCGAAAAUCCGGAGCUCCCUGCCGACAAGCUUGCCGGAUGA